AUGAGAAUCGAGAGCUGUUACUUUUGCGGCGCUCCGGCGUACCCUUCGAAGGGGAUUACCUUCAUGAGAAAUGAUGGGAAAUCCUUCCGAUUCUGCAAAUCCAAGUGCCACAAGAACUUCAAGCUUCGAAGAAACCCCCGCUCCCUUCGCUGGACAAAGGCGUCGCGCCGCAGGGCCGGCAAGGAGAUGACGGUCGACAAUUCGCUCCUAUUCGAGGCCCGCCGCAACGUCCCCGUGCGAUACAACCCCGAGCUCAUGGCCAAGACGCUCCAAGCCAUGAAGCGCGUGAGCGAGAUCCGCGCACGCAGAGAGCGCGUGUUCUACAAGAAGCGCAUGGCCGGGAACAAGGCCCGCGAGCUCGCCCGUGCGGCCAAGCUCGUCGCCGAGCACGAGCACCUCCUGCCCCGUAUCCGUGGAAGCGAGUUGCGACGCCGCAGAGAGGCAGCAGGCGAGGAUGCCAUGGAUAUCGAGGAUGGUAUCAUUGAUGAGGAUGCUCGUGUCGUCAAGCAGAAGAGCCAGGUGUUUGGUGGCGAGAAGAAGCGCCUGAAGGUCCGCGUGGAGGAGAUGGCCGAGGAAUAA